UUUACUCUUUUUUUAUUUUUGCUACUACAGAUAUGCCUGGUUACAGUACCCCAUCACACUAUGCUGAAGAUGAUGAUGAGGACUGUCCUGAGCAUUCUGGCUGUUAUAAAGUCAUGGGAAUGUGUGACUGUGUAACUAAGCGUACAUGCAUACCAAACUUCAGAUUAGAACGCUAUGAACCUCUGUAUUGUGAUCCACAGUUUGAUGAUCCUUCUUUUGACCAUUUGUAUGAAUAUUCCUGUACCCGCUAUGGCUGCAACCUUGUGGACAACCAGUGCAUUUGUCAACAGAGCGGUUGUGACCGUACUUUUGAAUUCCCGGAUCAAAAAAGUUGCCACAGAGUGAUAAGAGAUCGGUUGUGUGCCAAUGUCACUUGUCCUGAAAUAGAACCACUGCAAUGUCCAAGUGAUUCUAUGGCGACAAAGCCCCAUACGCCUUAUGGAGAGUGUUGUCCAACUAUACCUAGUGAAUGCACAUGCAACUUCCAAUCAUGCAACGACCAUUGCCCAAGGGGGAAAAGAAAAGUGAUGGCUUGGAAAUCAGAUGGGGUCUCUGGAAGAUGCUGUGAUAAAUUUCUGUGUUUGCUAUAAACCAAGAAAUGAUACAACUAAAGAUGAGCGAAUCGAAUUCCAAGAAGUGGAAUUUGAUCCGAAUUUCAGGAUAAAUUUGAUUCGCCUCGAAGCCGAAUUUCCUCGUGCUUCGUGUAAGCGAAUCGAUUUAACCUGAAA